UUUAAGAUAAAGAAAUUAAGUGACAUGUGGUAGCUACUUAAUUAAUUUGCGUGUAGAAUUGAUGCUUCUGGGUUUCAUGUCUCUGCUGCUAACGGUGAGUGAAAAACGGAUUGCAAAUAUUUGCAUAACAAAGAGUGUUGGUGAAACUCUUCUUCCCUGCGCAACCAUGACUUUUGACGUGACCAAGGAAGAAACAAAAUGUGCCGAGCAGGGCAAAGUAUCAUUGGUGUCGAGGAAAGGUGUCCGAGAGUUGCAGUACUUCAUCUUUUAUCUGGCUUUGUGUCAUGUUAUUUCUUGCAUUCUCACCUUUAGUCUUGGAAUGGCGAAGAUGAGACGAUGGGAGUCUUGGGAAGCAGAAACUAGAACAUUGGAAUAUCAGUUUCAAUAUGAUCCACGGAGGUUUCAGCUCACACGUGAGACAUCAUUUGGGAAGCGGCAUCUUAACUAUUGGAGUAACAACCCUAUACUGUUUUGGCCUGUCUGUCUUGUUAGACAAUUUUAUAGAUCUGUCCCCAAGGUUGAUUACUUCACUCUUCGACGUGGAUUCAUCACGGCCCAUUUUGCAGAAGGAAGUAACUUUGACUUCCAAAAUUUUAUUAAACGGGCUUUGGAGAAAGAUUUUGGAGUGGUAAUGGGAAUAAGCUGGUGGAUUUGGAUCUUCUCUGUACUGUACAUAUUCUUGAAUGCAAAUGUAUUCUACAGCCAUUUCUGGUUACCGUUUAGUCCGCUAAUGGUGCUUUUGUUGGUGGGAACAAAGCUACAAGGCAUUGUAACACAUAUGUGUUUGGAUAGUGAUGACAAAUCCCAAAUAAUCAAAGGAAGUUUGCUUGUGAGGCCCAGUGACCACUUUUUCUGGUUUGGAUGGCCCAAUCUGCUGCUUCAUCUCAUUAGCUUCGUAUUGUUUCAGAAUUCCUUCCAAGUAGCAUUUUUCACAUGGACUUCGAUCCGAUUCGGGAUCAGAUCAUGUUUUCAUCGAGGAAUUGAGAAUAUCAUCAUAAGGGUAGCAAUGUGUGUUUCGGUACAAAUCCUCUGUGGCUAUGUAACACUACCUCUCUAUGCUUUGGUAACUCAGAUGGGUACCUCAAUGAGCAAGGAUGUGUUUGCGGAGAAUGUGAUUAGAGGCAUCCACAUUUGGCGUGAGAAGGCGAAAAAGAAUGUGGCUCAUAGGAAUCCACAUUCACAAGACUCAUCUUUAGACACUUCCCUUUCGCUUGAAAUUUCACUAGAGUCACCUUCUUUCAGGUUUGAUGUAUCCACCUCCAUUUUAAUGGAUCGUUCAUCAGAUGAUAAUAAGCACGUGGCUGUUACGGAAGAAAAUAUAUCGAGUGAACAACUAGGUUCAUUUCAAGGAUUUCAUCUGCAAAACACAGGAAAACCAAGGCAAUUUUGAAAAACAUUUAUAUGCUUUGUAGCUAGCUACUCACCAUUCUUGGAGAUAUGUAUCAAUGAUGAGUUAAGAGUUAAACUCAUUCUUAUAAAAUUUUCUUAUAGGCUCUAUUUGGUUCAAGGGAAGGGAAAGGAGUAAAAAGUUAAAAU